AUGAAGCUCUCCAAUCAAUCUGAGGUUCCAGUGUACACCAUUUCGGGGUCAAAUACCGCUCGACCACUUCCCGAAUGGCUUGCACGGCGGCGAAAGCGCAGUUUGAAAAAUGACCCCGAGUAUGCCAAUCGCAUAGAGCUGCUGCAGGAUUUCGAGUUCGAAGAAGCUAGUCAAUGUAUUCGAGUUAGCGAAGAUGGCGAAUGGGUGAUGAGCACAGGAACCUACAAGCCUCAAAUUCAUACUCACUACCUUCCCCAACUGUCUCUAUCUUGGGCGCGGCAUACAGAUGCCCUCAAUACGACGUUCCUUCUUCUGUCCUCUGAUUACUCAAAGUCGAUCCAUCUGCAAUCCGAUCGUUCGCUCGAGUUCCAUACACCCUCAGGCUGCCAUUACCGGACGAGGCUUCCCAGAUAUGGUCGCGAUUUGGUUUACGACAGGCAGUCGACUGAGGUUCUAGUGCCGGCUGUUGGUGUUAAUCAAGAUGGUAUGGGAGAAGUGUUCAGGCUCAAUCUAGAGAUGGGCCGGUAUAUGCGGAGUUUCGAGGUAGAUGUUGGUGGGGACGAUUUCACAUCGACCGGCGGUGGGACGUUACAAGGAGGUAUCCACACGGGGGCAGUGAACACGGGGGCUAUCGCGGAGGAAAGCCACAACCUUCUCGCUUUCGGUACCUCGAUGGGAACGGUAGAACUAUGGGAUCCACGAGCCAAGGGCAGGGCAGGAGUCCUAUUACCCCCUAAUCAGACCGGCCCGGAUGACGCACGAUCUGAGAUAACGGCAUUAGAGUUCCAUCGCUCGGGAUUGACGUUUGCAGCUGGUUCGUCGAAUGGUCUGAUCCAUUUGUACGAUCUUCGGUCCCCAGUGCCCCUGCUCAAGAAGGAUCAAGGAUAUGGCUUCCCCGUCCACACGCUGAAGUUCCUCCAGCCCUCGACAUUCACACGCGAACAGACCAUGGAGCCCAAAAUCCUCUCUUCUGACAAGAAGAUUAUCAAGAUUUGGGACCCCCGUGAUGGCAAGCCCUGGACAUCAGUCGAGCCUGCCGUCGAUAUCAACUCAGUCGCGUGGUGCAAAGAUAGCGGAAUGCUUUUGACAGCCAACGAAGGCCGACAGCAGCAUGCAUUCUUCAUUCCUCAACUGGGCCCAGCUCCCAGGUGGUGCUCAUUCCUGGACAACCUCGUUGAGGAGAUGGCGGAAGAUCCUAACGAUCCUAAUGCUUUCAGUACAGGCCAGACAGGCGCUAUUUACGACAACUACAAGUUCUUGACUGUUCCUCAGCUCAAGACUUUGAACCUGGAUCAUCUGAUUGGCCGGACCAACCUUCUUCGACCUUAUAUGCAUGGUUACUUCGUCGCUCAACGCUUGUAUGAGGAGGCUCGUCUGAUCACGAAUCCGUACAUCUGGGAGGAAGAGCGCGCGAAGAGAGUUAAGGAGAAGAUCGACAAGGAACGGGAGUCUCGCAUUAGAGGCAAGAAGAAGGCUGCCGUCAAGGUCAACAAGAGACUGGCAGAGAAACUCAUGGCUAUCGAAGAGAAGAACGAGCGGCGCCAGGCGCAGCGCGUUCUGAAACAGGGCGGAGACGAGGAUAUGGUUGAAGCUCCCGCAGCCGAGAAGCCGGCCGCCGGUCUUUUGGGCGACAGCCGUUUCGCGAAGAUGUUCGAGGAUGAGGAAUUCGCCGUCGACGAAACUUCACGGGAGUUCCAGCUCCUUAACCCAAGCACCGCUCCCGAGCCCGCCGAACGCAGGGAACGCGGCCUCACCGCCGCCGAACAAGAAGAGGUGGACGAAGUCCCCGGCUCCAGCUCCGACGACGACUCAUCCGCAAGCGAAGCAGAAAGACCUGUUCGGAGCAGAUCCCCGCGCUCCGGAAAGAUCUCCACAUCCUCAUACAAGCGCACUAACCGUCCCCCGCCCCAGAUGCGCGUCUCCUCCUCAACAACGAGCCAUUCCACCCGCGAUCGGUCAUUCGCUUCACGCGCCCAGAAUAUGCGCACGAAAACCAAACCCGCGCGUCGUGGCGGCGUGGUUGGAGAAAGAGAAUUCACAUUCAUGCCGCAGGGCAAGUCAAAGCAAAACAAGGCGCCUGCGCAUACUCCUGCGAGCAGUGAUUACAAGUCUAAGGAGCGCCGCAGCGCUUCUGGUAACACCUUCCGAAGGAUGUGA